CAAGUGGAUAUCACUGGAAAGCUGGAAAAAUGGCCAAAUUGGGUAAUCAAUCACAUAUGAUUUCACAAAAUAAGGGAAAUUCUAUUAAGUGAUGCAGAGAUAUUACGGGAAGUACAAUACACUGAAAAUGCUCACCGUGAUUAUUGACCUUGUAAUUGUUGGCUUACUUGCUCUUUGUUGAAAGCUGUUUUGGUCUUACAGUGAGUUAUAUUUAUUUUCAAAGAGGUCUUCAUCUAAUGGGAAAGAUGUGCCUCAGAAAUAUAGUAAAGAUGUACUUUUUGUUAUAAUCAACUUUGUGUAUGAACAAUAUGUGUUUAAAAUAGUAGCUUAGUUCUACAAAGACAUCAUUUAAGAGUGUGCUAGGUGCAUCUGUAAGGCAAAAUGACGAAUAGCAACAAUUCUUGCCAGCACACACAUUUUAGCUAAGAAGGAGAGGGUCGGUAGGAAGGAGAGUUGCUGAAGAAGCAACUCCUACCCUUGUGCUCUACUUAUUCAUAUACAUAAAAAUGUACUAAUAUUGCAUACAUUAUAAAACAAAAUAUGGAAAUUAAUCAAGAACAAGGUAAACAUAGUUGGAAAAAGAAUUUUAUAGAAUCACUCAGUUUAGCUGUAUUUCCUUUUUAUUUCUCUAAGCGCUUGUAUCACCCUAAGAAGCAGUUUAUUAUUCCAGUUGCACAGAUGAAGUAACUCAACAUCUAGUCAGGGCCUAGUAAAAGUUCUUAAACUUGUUUUAAGGUAAUUUCCCAACUUUCUUGAGAAGACAAGCUGAGGAGAAAAAGAAUGCAGGAACAGAAUCAAAGUAGUACAAUUUCAUACAAGAUGGAGGGAAAACAGGACAUUGUGAGAAAAUAUGGAGAUGUGAACAUUGUCUAAUAAAUAAAAAAAAGAAUAUUGUCUAACAAAUCCUGUAGUGGAAGUGUGCUCAGUAUUGAUUUAGACCACUGUUCCUCAAGGGGGCAAGUUUGUGUUCCAGGAGACAGUUGGCAAAGACUGAGGACAUUUUCAGUUGUAAGUACCAAGGGUGUUUGUUCGUGUGUUCGCUGAAGGUAUGUAGUGAGUGCGGCCAGCAGUAUUGGUAAAUAUCCUGCCUUGCUCUGGACGGCUCAGCAAGAAUUACUUGGCCUGCGAUAUGGACUGUACUGAGACUGGGAAACCUUGUUUUAGGCCCCGUAUAUUAAAAUUCUGACUCAGGUAACUGACCUUGUGCUCUUAGGCAUGACACUUAACUCUUCUGAAUCUCUGUUAGCCACAUCUGUAAACUUAUCACAUUUCUCACCACCUCAUGAAGUUUUGAGCAAUGUGUGAUAUGAUAUGUAUGAAUGUACUUUGUAAGAUUACCUGAAAUCCCAUUAAAGUGUACAGUGAAAAUGAGAAUUUAAAAAAGCUGAAUUUAAUGACUGCAGCAUUAUUAGAAGUGAAAAUAGAUUUCAAGUAGUUUGAGAGGAAGGAAUGUCGGGGAGCAAAUGAGAAGAAUUUCUGCAGUGAACACAGAGGCAGAGGACGGCAUGUUAAGUGCCUGACGGGCUCAGGGAAAGACAUUAUUAUGCUGUAUUUUAGAGGUGAAGAGGUGAUGUGAGCUAGUUUAGAGUCUGAGGGGUGGGUAUGCAAGCAGGGGAGACUAGAAGUGCCUGUGAGAGAUGCAGCUGUCGUUGGGGUGGUCCUUGAAGAGCUCGUUCAUCAGAGAAGGCUUCUCCAGGGGAGAAACACGCUUUCUCUGAUGGAAGAAAGAGAAGGAACACGUGGAUGCACAAGUAAAUUUUAGAGGUUGUGAUUGACAAGUGCUGACACAGGAUAGUGCAGAAAAUGGUAAGAGGAAAGUGUCAGUAUUUUAGUAACAUUAAAGCCAAUAUCAUCUGCUCAGCUGAAGGACAAAAACAGGAAGAUAGUAAGCUCUUGGGAAUGGAGGUUUGGAGUAGCCUUCCGGGAGACAGGGGUGGAGUUUACCAACAACCGAAGAAUAAAUUACUAAGAAGCCAUAAAGGCCCACUAGGGUUAUUCAACACAGAAGUUUAGAAACUAUUUCACUAUCUCAUCACAGUAAUAGACAGAUACGGGAGGUCUAAAAGGGCAGAGAUAAGGUGAUUAAAGUUAGCACCGAGAAACUGAGUUUAGGAGAGUGGAGCUGUGGUCGAUCAGAAAGCUGCUUAGACACAGUUCCGCCGUACGGUGGGGUGGCUGAAGAUAUACACGCAUAGUAGCCAUGAUGUUGGAGGAGCUUCAGCACAAGGACGGGGGGUAAAAAUGGACACUCAGGUGUCCAGGGUUAUCAGUCAAAAAAAAAAGCAAAUAUUAAGCAGAUUGUUGGGAUUCAGGGAUUCAGGGUGAAGAGGAUCCUAAAUGUUGGAAAGGAGACAAGUAGAUAGGAACAUUUAGUAGAGGCUUUGCUGUGUGGUGGUUGUGGGACAGCAUUCUGGAAGCAGCGUGCAGGAGCAAAUGGGAAGAACUGUUUCCUCUUGAUGAGGGAAAGGGAGUGAAAAAGGAACUAGUUUCUUUGGAAAGUGAUUUGGAGAAAGAUGUGUCUAAGGAAAGGUAAAUUUCAGUUAAUGUGAACAUACGGCAGAAAUGUUUUCAAAAAGAUUUAAUGCACAAGAUAGUCUGAUGACUAUUUAAUAGACAUUCCUUGGAAUAGCACGGGAGUCUGGAUGGAAAGGUAAUUAGCAGAUAAUUACAAAGACUAGUAAUAAUAGAGUAGAGAGCGAGACUAUCUGGAAAGGUGGUAUGUGGGGGGAUUCGGGCCCAGUGUGGUAGAUCACAGCAUCGACGGGAGUUCGGAGGCGUAAACGGGAGGGGGACUGUGAUAGCAGCAUGGUUUGAUUCCAGGGACUGAGAUGAUCUGUCUGCCUGGUUGACUUAAUUAAAUUGACCUGGUCCCUGAAAGGAUUCCUUCAGCACUUACUGGGAGAACAUGAGUGGGUUAAUAAGACAUGGACUUUAGCAUAUUAAAACCUGCUAUUUUAGAUACACACACACACACACACCCAUGCAUAGGUACGUGUGUGUGCACAUACAUACCCUCGAUCUAACCUACUCCACUGCCAGCCCUGUCCUGCCAGAUAGAUGCCAGACUUAGGGGAAAGUGUUAUUUGCCUAAAAAUAGCAACUAUCAGUUUUUCACUGAAAUAUUUUUAUGCGAUUUGAAUGAUUUGAAAUAUUACUACAUUCAUAGAACAGAAAAAGUAUUAUCCAUAAUAAAAAGAAAUGAUGAAAUGUCUCAAAUAAAUAUUGCCUUUUGCUUUGGAAUAUCGAUAUAUUCUACUUAAGUAACUUGCAUGCCGAUCGUCCUGCAAUUCAGAUGUAUCAUUAAGGUAAUCACAUUGGAUAAUUUGUCUAUGAAAAAUGAGAUUAAAUUAUCUGUUAACUUGUAUAACAUUACCAAUUUUAAAAUAAAAGUGUGACACUGAUAAAAUUGAUUAUUUCGAUCCUAUUUUCUUCUCUGCUAUGUUUGAUACAGAAAACAUCUGAGCAACUACUUCAAAGAACAUGGACAAUAAGCGCCUCUUUGAAGCAAAGCCGUGGAGAAUAAUUAGGCUUAAAUUUCCGACGAUGACUGCCUUUGGUGCAGCCACGGAGACAGAGGCAGCCAUUGUUCCCCCAUCCCCAUGUGCAAAUUGCGCAAUUGAGCACGCAAAUUGCAAAUUGCAAACUGGGAAUGAACUGACAGUGUCUAAAUGCACACUACCCUCCGUGCUCCUUUGUGUACUUUAAAUGUCAUUUUUAAUAAGACCAAGAGAAAUACUUGCAAUUAGCAGGUCUGCUUUUGUGUCCUAGAUCCAAGCAUUUUAUGAGAUUAUUUAUUUGAACUAUCCAGUGGUAAAUCUUAAUUACUCAAUUUUUGUGGUCAUAAUUUUGGAAAGUCAUGGAUUGUAAAUAAUAUAUUUGAAGGUUAAGACCAUGAUGCCUAAUCACUUGCGUCUACAAACUGGGCAAACAAGACCAUAACAUUAGCUUUGACAGUUGUGUGAGCACUGUCAGCUCAGUCGGAAUUCGGUUUAGAUUCAGUCUGCACAAAUCCUGGACUUCGUAUAUUUUAAAAAGAGCAGAACUACAAGACGCACUGAGUCUUUACAAUCUUUGAAUGCCGGCACUUAAAACCAUUCAUGAUGACGUACCAGAGCAGUGCAGCUUUUCAGUAUUUUUGUUAGUAACUUAAUUAAACUUUCUUUGGAUGAGAGAAUAUACACAUAAUCAAUGGUUAUCUAUUUCAUUAAUACAGCUUUCUCCCAGAAAAGUGAAAUUAAAAUUACUGAAGCAGCAACUUCAAGAGCCAGUGAAGCGACCCAUUCAUUACAAAAUGGCAAAUUGUUCUCCAUAUGAAAAACCCAAGGUCCCGGGGAAGGCUUGUGGACAGUGUGAGAGCAAAGCUGCUCUGCUAGUUUGCCUGGAAUGUGGUGAAGAUUAUUGUUCAGGAUGUUUUGCUAAAAUCCACCAGAAGGGGGCUCUGAAGCUCCACAGAACAACUCUUUUGCAGGCCAGAUCUCAAGUGUUAUCCAGGAUUUUGGACGUGGCCCACGGGUUCAUAAAGGAGGUUAAUCCAGAUGAAACCAAAGCAGAGGGCAGUUCUGUGAAAGGGACCAGCAGGACUCAACACGUGCCCAAACCUCCAGCCCUGAAAGAAAGCUGCUCCGAGGACAUCUUCCUUGAGGGAGAAGUGAUGUCACAUCUAGACUUACGUGGUGUUACCAGCUCCUCGGGAACUCAGGCAGAGAUUACAAUGACAGCUGGAGCUGAACGUGCACAGCCAAGAGAAAGGCGCCUGUGUGAGGGCUCCUUUGACGAGGACGCUUCCGCCCGGUCCUUCCAGGAAGUGUUAAGUCAGUGGAGAGCUGGGAGCCAGGAGGGCCAGGAGAAACGGGACGCACUUUCCGCAAAGCCAGGCUCAUUGGAAGAAUGUGAAGUGCAAACUAAUUUGAAAAUUUGGAGAGAACCCAUUAAUGUUGAAUUUAAAGAAGACAGUCUCUCCUACAUGGAAAAAUUAUGGAUUAAAAAACACAGGAGAACUCCACAGGAGCAGCUUCCUGGCCAGCUCCCAGGCGCAGCCCUGCGUCCCUGCGAAAUGAGCAGCAACGCUCGGUGCUGUCAGAGUGGAAGUGAUGAAGAGAGUGACGUUGAGGAGACCAGAAUACCAUACCCAACACUUUUUCUGCCAGUAGAAUUAAAUGUAGAGAGACCUGAACCAUCUAUAAGGAUAAUAGAACUGGAUGGUACUUAUGAAGAGGAAUUUGAAGAACCAGGAGACCUCGUGCCUUACAAAGUUGAACUGGCUAAUGCAGGCAGCCAGUUAAGGCAUACACUUCAUGAUUAUCAGUACAGUUUUCCGUGUGAAAGUCACAGCUAUCAACAUCAUAUUUUCAACAAAGUACAGACAGAGCUCUCAAAUUCUACUUUGCCACACAACUCUAUGUGUUAUAAAGAUAAAGCAGGAACUUCAAAUGCAAGUUUUGACAACAUUGUGGAUUCUGAGUCAUAUUAUCCUGUCAUAGAAAAAAUAGAGGACAGCAGAACUUUUGAAGGAAAUUUGCAAGAGAAAAGUACAAAAAUAGGAAGUAAUGAAAAGUCUGAUGAUUCUAACAUACCACCUGACAGCAACCAUUUGUUGCCAACUGUAGAUAAGUCUUUCUUUGACGAGAAAUUAUCUCAAGAAACCAAAGAACCCUUGGAAUUUAGUAAUUUGUGUGAGAAGCCAAAUUUUGAAGAUUCGAAAGCUAAAGAGUCACAACUGCUAAAGAGCGACUCAUAUGGGGGAAAAUACCUGACACUUUCUAAUACGUUGUUACAGGAAAUAGCCAUCCGAAGUAAACCUGUAAGCCAGCAAUACCAAGGACUUGAGAGAUUCUUUACUUUUGAUACAAAUGAAAGACGCAACUUACCUCCUCCUCCUAGCUUACCAUACCGGUAUUCCCAGAGUAGGAUUCCACUUUCAGCGGGCAGAGAGUGGAUCCCAGAUAGCAGCGUGAGCGCGCACGCGGACGGUGCGGCUGCCCCGGGAGUUCUGCAGAGCGUCCAGCGCGCGCUGCCAACUGCACAGCGGCAGGAGAUGGGACAGAAAUCACAGAGACCUUCAACAGCAAAUUUACCACUUUCCCACAGUGUUAAAAAGAGCUCCCGCUGCCUUUCGUCCCCUCAUCCUCCAUCAAGAAGUGCAGCAGCUCGGUCUUUAACCAGAUCUGCUUCUGAAACUUCAGACACUGAAUAUGCUGAUAGAACUGGCCUCAGUGUGCCUUUCUUAGAUGACGCUGGUGACCAACAGGACUUCGACAGUUUGGAAAAAGAAUUACGUAUGCUUAGAAAUCUUGCAGAUCCUUCAGAAAAAGUUUAUGACCCAGCCUCAGGAGAAUUGCCAGCUCUCAACGAUGAUUCCCUGAGUAGAAGUCAGAUUUCUUCAGAUUUCCUCAACACCUCACAUAUGAAGGGACCCCGUGGAGCUGAGGAAUCAAGCUCUUCUGGAAGAGAUACCGAAAUGCAGUCUUCACUGUCACUUUCCGAGAGCAGCACAGAUGAGGAGCAAGAAGACCUUCUUGACAAGCAACUUGUCAUCGCACCAUCAUGGUCAAAGAGGGUUUAAAGAUCGCUCGUCCAUCACUUUCCCACUUUGUACUCAGAGUAAAGCAAGCAACAUGAAAAAGUUACCGAUCACCUGGCCAGGCGCGGGGAUUUCGAUUAUUAGUGUCUGAUGUUUCAAGGCCUACAAACAAAUAAAAAUUAGUGAAAUUAUAACUUCAAGGGCUUUUCUCUCAAAUGACACAUUGCAUUUCAAGUACUAACAUAUUUCAGAUUAUUUUAGCGAAAUUUUAUAAAUUCUAAGGAAUAAUAUUUAUAACUAUGUAACUGUAGGAAAGAACAUGAUUCUAUUUAAAGCAAUACUUCACUGUCCAAUUAUAUUUCAAGAAAUUAUGUUAUUAAGAAGAGUAUUUAUCUGAUGACCACAUCAGAGUAGUCACAAUCAUGAGUUAAGCCUAUAAUUUCAAUGUUUUUUCCAUUAGGUCUAUUAGAAUAUUUAUAGUAUUUCUGUAAGCUUCAAAAACUGAUUCUCGGAGAAAAAAAGACCAAAAUAAAUUGGACACACCUGCUAUGCUCUGUUCUAGGAGGGAAAGAAAAACACUCCAAACAUCUUAUUUUGAGAAGAUCAAUGUCAUGGUUGCCUCUCUCCCCUCCCCCUUUUACACAUGCACACACACACACACACACCUGUUGAUUCUGUUUCUCAGAAGAGCCCUCAUAAUGACAGUUUGAAGGACUGUUGGGCAAUACUCAAAGGCAAUACUCUAGUGGAAGUAUUUUGCUAUGUUCCUAAGGAGUAGAUCCUGGGUUUUAUUCAAGUUUUUGUAAAAUGUCAUAACUCAAGAGUUUAAGCAAGGGCACACACGGGGCAUAGUUUCUUGGCUGUCACUUUGUGACAUGUUAGGAUGGUUUUCUUUAAGGAGUUUGGUGAUUUAUCAGAAAAAAUAUUUCUGAAGGUUGAGUAUAGUUUCACUACAAUACAGACAUACCUGAAGAGUUCAAAGUCUUUAUCCUCAAUGUGAGCCUGGGUAGUAACCCCUCACCAAGACUGAUGGUUAUUCAGUGUGCUUUUAUCUUUAGUAAAUUUCCAUGCCAUCAGUAAUUGUCCUGUAAUUCUCAUAGAUCUGAUAGGAUAUAAAAUGAUGAAGAGACUUAUAGCCAUUUCUGUGUCUUUCAAGUAAAAAUGUCCUUUCUUGAAAGUGAAUACUGUAAUGUAUAUGGAUAAUAAACAAUCAAAAAAUCA